CCCCGGCCGAAGAAGAGGACGGAGCCGGUGCGGAUCCCGGUGCCCGAGCUGCGCCGGGGGGAUUCAGAUUCAGAGGAAGAUGAACCAGCAAAGAAGAAAACUACUUUUCAGGGCCGCGGCGAGGGCUCUGGCUUGUCGGCUUUGCUUCCUCAACCCAAAAACUUGACGGUGAAAGAGCCCAGUCGGCUGCUCUUGCCCUACGCGUUCUCGAGGAAGGCGGCAGAAAACGCCUCCGAGUCGAAGCCGCCGAAGGCCCCGGGCUCUUCCUCGAAGGCCAAACCUCUGUCCAAGCCGGCCGUGGCCACGACUCCUUCUCCCUCCGCAAUCAAAGCGGCGGCCAAGAGCGCUGCCCUCCAGGUCACCAAGCAGAUCACGCAGGAGGAGGAGGACAGCGACGACGAGGUAGAGCCGGAGAACUACUUCUCCUUGUCUGACAAGAGCGAGCCCAGCGUUGGCAGCGCUGAGACCUAUGUGUAUUCGGGCACAGUGGGCUCCGAGGAUCCUCCGCCGGGGACGGAGCCGGAGCCGCAAUUCCAGGACGCUGCCGCCGAUGCCCCCCUGGAGUUCAGGACGGCCGCGGGCUCCAGCGGCGCCCAGCACGGCUGGGCACCCAACGCUGGCGAGUGCCAGCCCUAUAACCAGUUCCCUGCUUACACGGAUGCCAGCGGGACUGGGGCUUAUUACCAGGAUUAUUACAGCAGUGGCUACUACCAGGAGAUGGAACCAGCCCAGGGACCACCCCAGGACAUGGCCCCUGACUCCUCCUUCAUCGACGACGAAGCGGUUGGCACUUUCCUACCUAUGGCACUAAGGAGGUUGCGUUUCG